GGCGCGGGCUGCCGGCCCUGCCCAGCGCCGGUCCCGGCCGAGAUGCGCGCCCUCCUCCCCGCGGUGCCCCUGCUGCUCCUGGGGACGCUCCGGGCCUUCCCGCAGGAGCCAUCCCAGAAGUCCAGUUGUGCCGGAGACCCCAGCUUCUACCAUGACCAGGCUUCGGGGAAGUGCUGUUACCGCUGUCCUUCGGGCUGGUCCCCGUUGAGGCCCUGCCCGCAGAGGUCUGCGGACUGCAGGAAGCAGUGUGAGCCCGAUUACUACCUGAAUGAGGCGGGCCGCUGCACGGCCUGUGUCAGCUGUUUGAGAGAUGACCUUGUGGAGAAGGCGCCCUGCGUUGGGAACUCCUCCCGCGUCUGCGAGUGCCGCCCUGGCAUGUUCUGUACCACCUCGGCCACCAACUCCUGCGCCCGCUGCUCCCCUCACUCCGUCUGCCCUGCGGGGCUGGUGGUCCAGGUCCCAGGUAUGGCCGAAAGAGACACGACCUUGAAGCCACUUCCCUUGGGGACCUCCCCAGACUACAGCACCCCAAAAAACAGCAAGACACCUGCCAGCACCACCCUGAGCCCGCUGCUGGACGCCAAGACCAGCAGGACCGUGUUGAUCUCCACCCGCUCUCUCCCCUCCACCCGGAAACCCAUUCUGAAUGCAGGGCCCGUGUUGUUCUGGGUGGUCACUGUGCUGCUGGUGUCUCUUGGCUCCGGCUUCCUCCUCCUGUGUCAGCACCGGGCCUGCCGGAGGCAGAUUGGGCAGAAGCUGCACCUCUGCUUCCCCGCCCAGAACUUCCAGCCCAAGCUGGAUCCUGUGGAUGCCAGACCUGCCAGGACCCUGUCAGAGUCAACAAGAAUAUCGGUGACCGAGUUUGGCCCGGGCUCGCUGAGCACAGCCAGCCCCCCAGCCGUGGAGCUGAGUCCCCCUGUCGGGGCAGCUUGCCCGGAGAGCCUGCCACUGCUGGACGCCAGCCUGGCCGAGGGACCCUCCGUGCCCAGGGACUCUCUGGAGCCCCGUGUGUCCACAGAGCACACGAAUAACAGGAUUGAGAAAAUCUACAUCAUGAAGGCCGACACCGUGAUUGUGGGGACCGUGAAGACUGAGGUACCCGAGAGCCGAGGUCUGGGGGGGCCGGGGGAGCCCGAGCUGGAAGUGGACCACGCACCGCACUUCCCAGAGCAGGAGACGGAGCCACCUCCGGGCAGCGGUGAGGACGUCAUGUUCUCCGUGGAGGAGGAAGGGAAGGAGGACUCCGGGCCCACGACCAUGUCUGGGAAGUGAGGCCCGGGAGCCGAGUGCCCCUUGAGGUCAGGGAGACGGAGGCCGGCGGGGCGUGAACGGAAGCGCUGGGACCUCGGGAUGGACCCGGGUGGGCACUUGGGAUGGACCCGGGUGGGCAUCCUGGCUUGUGUUCUUGCCUGACACCAGGAACUCAUAGUCAGGACAGCACCCACCCAAGGAGGGGCCGUGAGGUUGGCUCCAUGUCCCUCGCCAGCACCCCUGUGGCCUCUCUCCCUGGGCCUCCAUGGUGACAGCCUCCAGGCCUUGCUGGUGUGUCGCCAGCCCCCAGUUACUAUGCACGUGGCCAGGGUGGGUGUGGAGCCCGGCCUGGAGGCCUCUCCUGAGUCAGAGGGGAAGUGAGAGGUCGGAGCACUCGUGGUGGGUGCUCUGCCCCCAGCCCGGGCCCCCAGGGGCUCCCUGCCACCCUGCCCGGCUCCCCACCCAGCCCAGGCUUCCCACGGCUCCGCCACCACCGCGCCAGCCCCAGGAUCAGUUCUCUGGUCUCAGAACACCUGUCAUUUUGUGGCUCAGAUGUCUAGAGACCCUAUGGCUGCUGGAAGUCA